CCGCGGGCAGCGAGCGCUGUCACAACAAGGGGCGGAGGGAAGGCAGGGGAGGAGGCAGGCGGGUCCCUGCCGGGGCGUGCCGGCGGAGAUCCCGCACCGCCCGCCGGAGCCCGGCCCUGGCCCGGGCCCCGGGCCCGCCGAGACCUGUCCCGGAAUUCGCCGGCAGGGGCGGAAGCGGCGCGGGGCCAUGCUGCGGGUCACCGCCCGCUCCCUGCGCUGGGCGAGCUCCCAUGGCUGGCAGAAGAGCCUGCCCGGCCCCAGCCCCGCGCCUGCAGCCCCGCAGCGCCGCGGCACUGCCCGGAGCCCCGGGAUGGCCUCCGCCCGCAGCCUCUCCGCCGCCUGCCCCUCCAUCCGCCUCUCGCCCGCCGCCCGCAGCCUCUUCGACGAGCCGCUGGCCAUCGCCGUGCAGGGCCUCGGCCCGCGGCAGCAGGUCACCCUGCAGACGUCCUUGCGGGACGAGAAGGGCGAGCUCUUCCAGGCCUGCGCCCGCUACCAGGCGGGGGACGACGGGGAGCUGGACCUUGCGCGCUGCCCUGCGCUGCCGGGAGGCAGCUUCUCCGGCCUGGAGCCCAUGGGGCUGCUCUGGGCCCUGCAGCCCCAGAAGCCCUACUGGCGGCUGGUGAAGCGGGACGUGCAGAGCCCCUUCCUCCUGCAGCUGCAGGUGUUUGAGGGCCACGGGAACCCUCCCGGGCGGCUCCUGGCCCAGGCACAGCACGAGCGGGCGUUCCUGCGGGACGGGGUGCGGAGAGUGCCCGUGCGAGAGGGCAGGAUCCGGGCGACGCUCUUCCUGCCCCCCGGAAAGGGCCCCUUUCCAGGAAUUAUUGACUUGUAUGGAACUGGAGGAGGACUCCCUGAAUACAGAGCAUGCCUGCUGGCCAACUACGGCUUUGCUGUGCUAGCUCUGGCUUUCUACAGCUAUGAUGAUCUCCCCAAAGAGAUGAAGGAAUUCCACCUGGAAUAUUUUGAAGAAGCCGUAAAUUAUAUGUUACAACACGCACAGGUUAAAGGUCCAGGAAUCGGAUUGCUUGGAAUCUCGAAGGGGGGUGACCUGUGUGUCUCCAUGGCCUCCUUCCUAAAGGGCAUCACGGCCACUGCCCUCAUCAAUGGCUCAGUGGCAAAUGUGGGUGCAGUGCUCCACUACAAAGAUGUCACCAUUCCACCCCUUGGUAUCAAUGCUAAACGCAUCAAGGUCAACAACUCUGGGAUUGCUGAUAUUAUCGAUGCACUGAACAACCCACUAGAAGGACCCGACCGCCAAAGCCUUAUCCCUUUGGAGAAAGCUGAGUGUCGCUUCUUGUUCAUUGUUGGCCAGGAUGAUCGCAACUGGAAAAGUGAAUUCUUCGCAGUUGAGGGGAGCAAACGUUUGCAAGCUCAUGGGAAGGAAAAGCCUAAGAUAGUCUGUUACCCUGGAGCAGGGCACUACAUUGAACCCCCCUUUUUCCCAAUGUGUGCAGCCUCAAUGCACCUUCUACUUGGCAAGCCUGUGCUGUGGGGAGGGGAGCCCAAGGCACACUGUGAAGCACAGGUGGAUGCUUGGAAGCAGAUCCAAGCUUUCUUCCGCAAACACCUCAUGAGCAAGCCAUCUGAAACAUCUAGUAAGCUGUGAUGUGAGUUCGGUUACUUUGCAGAUUAAUAUGCCAGUGUUUCAAGUUUGUUUUUUUAAAUGGCUCUGAAUGCAAGCAGAUAGCAUCAGAGAAUAAGCUAUGGGGUUUCCUGGAGGGUGAUCAUGGGCAAGACCGUAAGCUGCUUCCUUUUAACACCCUCCUCUAACCUUGGUUAGAGGUCUUGGCCUCCUGUUUUGUGUAGUAAGGCAUUACAAGUUCUGGAAAAAUGAUGGUGGUAAGGCUGGGUCUGCUUUGAAUGUGAUUUUCUGUGGAAGGUAAGUUACCUGAGCUGAGAACUGGGAUUAAAAUUCGCCUUUGCUGUC